AUGCUUCACGCAACAGAGCUUACUGAUGAAGAUAUUUCGGCGAUUCCACAAGAUAAGCUGGUCAAAAUCCUUAACGCCCAAAUUGAUGGUGCCAGAAGUGAGCUUCAGUCUUUGUAUUCAUCAUUAGAAGAAGAAAAAUUAUCAGUAACAGAGUUAGAAUACAAACACAGAGAAUUAGAAGCAAUAUUAAAUGAUGAGAAAAAGAAAUUGCAAUUUAAAGAGAAAAGUAAACAAACAGUAAAUAAACAAUUAAUCGAUCUUCGCGGCAAGAUAUCAGAACAAGAGUCUAAAAUAAAGCAUUUCAAAGGAGGAUCUGAAGGUGAUACCAUAAAAGCUUCAGAAAUCGAAAAAUUACAAAGUCAAUUAGAAAAAGAAGCCGGUAACGUACUUAAAUACCAAGCACUUAUCGAAAAAAGUCGAAAUGAACUGGCUGCAAUUGAUUCUCAGUUUGCAAACGAACUCGAUGCAAUACAAUACGAAAUUAAACUUACAAACGACGAAAAGAAUAAAAUAAUAGAUCUAAUCGAGUUACAUAUGCAAAGACUUUCGUUAAUGAAACAAAGAAACGAAGCAUGUCUUAAAUCCGUUGUUUCACACUCUUUGGAUUCCCAACUGACGGCUACAUUGGAAGAAUUUGCCAAUUAA